AUGCCCUCUCUCUUGUCUCUACUCUGUAUUUUGCUUAGCCUUUUCUCCUUCGACACAUCGGCAUUAGCUGCAUCACAAGCAAACAUGUCAGAGAUCGAUCGCCAAGCCCUACUCUGCUUCAAGUCUGGCAUCAGCUUCGAUCCCUUUGGCAUCCUACACUCAUGGAGCAAUGGUUCGCUCAACUUUUGUAGCUGGAAAGGGGUCACCUGCGGCAAAAAAAUUCCACCACGGGUGGUCUCUUUGGACCUCACAUCUGCUCGUCUCGGUGGGCGGUUAUCUGGAUGUGUUGGUAACUUGACUUUUCUAUCCUUGAUGAACCUUGCCGAUAAUUAUCUGCCGGGAACCAUCCCCGGAGAAUUGGGUAAGCUUCCAAACCUCCAUACACUGAAUCUUGCUGGCAGCAACCUGGAAGGUAACAUCCCUGAAUCACUAGGCACUAGCAAUUCACUUAGCUAUGUCAAUCUUGCAAACAACAGCCUUACCGGUGGCAUCCCUGUCUCACUGGCCAAUAGCGUCUCACUCAGUACACUUAUACUGUCACGUAAUAACCUCUCUGGAGAGAUCCCUUCUGUUUUGUUUGAUAAUUCAUCUAAGCUUACCGUGGUUGAUCUCCAGAAAAAUUCUUUCACUGGUCCCAUCCCACAUUUCCAUACGGUCACAACUCUCAAAUUUCUUUGCCUGACAGAGAACUUCCUCUCCAGAAGCAUACCUCCAUCAUUAGGAAAUGUUUCUUCCCUCAGUUCUAUAUUCCUUGGCCAAAAUAGGUUAUCUGGAUUAAUUCCAGAGACUUUGAGUCACAUUACAAAACUGCUUGAGCUUGAUCUAAGUUUCAACAGUUUAUCAGGGAGUGUCCCGUCGUCUAUUUACAACAUGACAUCACUAAGGUACUUUAGCGUAGGCAGCAACACACUUGUUGGACAGAUACCAUCUCACAUUGGUUACUCACUAUCAAACCUCCAGUUGCUUAUCCUGGGAAGCAACAGACUGAAGGGCCUGAUCCCUGCUUCACUAGCCAACAUGUUAAAUCUUUAA